GUGUCCACCAUGGCCUGGACCUCUCUUCUCCUCCUGCUCCUGUCCCAUUGCACAGGGUCCUUGUCCCAGCCUGGGUUGACUCAGCAGGCAUCUGCAUCUUUCUCCCUGGGACAAACAGCCACGCUCACCUGCACCCUGAGCAGUGGCUACAGUAACUACUAUGUUGACUGGCACCAGCAGAGCCCAGGGAAGGGCCCCAGGUUUGUGAUGCGAGUGGGUACCAGUGGUAUAUCUGGAUCCAAGGGGGAUGGGAUCCCUGAUCGCUUCUCAGGCUCCGGAUCUGACCUGGAGAGGUACCUGACCAUCGAGAACAUCCAGCUAGAGGACGAGUCAGUCUACUACUGUGGGGUAAACCAUGGUAGUGGGAGCAGCUACGUGUAA